CCAGGGCCAGAGUCUCUUGUCAGGCCCUGCUGCAGUAGGAGUAGGAGCAGUGGCAGUCUUGGGGACAACAUGCUGGUCAGGGGGCUUCCUCUGCGCUCAGUCCUGGUCAAAGGCUGCCAGCCCCUUCUCAGUGCCUCGCAGGAGGGACCGGGGAAUCCCAGGGUGCCCACUGGAGAGGGAGCCGGAAUCUCCACUCGCAUGCCUCGUCCUUUCAGAGAGAUCCCCUCCCCUGGUGACAACGGCUGGCUGAACCUAUACCAUUUCUGGAGGGAGAGGGGUUCACAGAAUUUCCACUACCACCAAGUCCAGAACUUCCAGAAGUAUGGCCCCAUCUACAGGGAGAAGCUUGGCAACAUGGAGUCUGUUUUUAUCAUUGACCCUGAAGAUGUGGCCCUGCUCUUUAAGUUUGAGGGUUCCACCCCAGAGCGAUAUUGUAUCCCGCCCUGGGUCGCCUAUCACCAGCAUUACCAGAGACCCAUCGGGGUCCUGUUCAAGAAGUCAGGAGCCUGGAAGAAAGACCGACUGGCCCUGAACCAGGAGGUGAUGACACCAGAUGCCAUGAAAAACUUCAUCCCCCUGCUGGACACGGUGUCCCAGGACUUCAUCAGCAUCCUGCACAGGCGCAUCAAGCAGCAGGGCUCUGGAAAGUUCUCAGGGGACAUCAGUGAUGACCUGUUUCGCUUUGCUUUUGAGUCCAUCACCAACGUCAUAUUUGGGGAACGUUUGGGGAUGUUGGAGGAGAUUGUGGACCCUGAGGCUCAGCGUUUCAUUGAUGCUGUUUACCAGAUGUUCCAAACCAGUGUCCCCAUGCUCAUGCUUCCUCCAGGCCUGUUUCGUCUGUUCAGGACCAAGACAUGGCGUGACCAUGUGGCUGCAUGGGAUGUGAUUUUCAGUAAAGCUGAAAAAUACACCCAGAACUUCUACUUGGACUUGAGACAGAAAAGAGACUUCAGUAAUUACCCAGGUGUCCUCUACCGCCUCCUGGAAAAUAACAAGCUGCUUUUCGAGGACGUCAAGGCCAACAUUACAGAGAUGUUGGCAGGGGGCGUGGACACGACGUCCAUGACACUGCAGUGGCAUUUGUACGAGAUGGCACGCAGCCUGAGAGUGCAGGAGAUGCUGCGGGAGGAGGUUCUGGCUGCCCGGCGCCAGGCUGGGGAAGACAUGAGCAGGAUGCUGCAGUUGGUCCCGCUUCUAAAAGCUAGCAUCAAGGAGACACUGAGACUCCACCCCAUCUCUGUGACUCUGCAGAGAUACCUCGCAAACGACUUGGUUCUUCAAGAUUACAUGAUUCCUGCCAAGACAUUGGUGCAGGUGGCCGUCUAUGCCAUGGGUCAAGACCCCACCUUCUUCCUCAAUCCGGGCAAAUUUGACCCCACCCGAUGGCUGGGUAAAAACAAGGACCUCAUCCACUUCCGGAACCUGGGCUUUGGCUGGGGUAUUCGGCAGUGUGUGGGUCGCAGGAUCGCCGAGCUUGAGAUGACACUCUUCCUUAUCCAUGUGAGUCUGCCUGGGGACCUCUGGGCACCCUGGGCUGGCUUUGGCCUUAACGAAAGCACCAUCCCUUCUACUCCCAUCUCUGUUCAGAACCCUCCCCAACAAUUCCCUUCUGCCUCCUCUUUUAGGCUAAUAUACUUGUCACCAAUUGGUGCCCCUGGCCAUGUGUCCACCAUGCUGGUGAUGGGAUGGGGGUAGGGUGGGAUAAGGUUCUUUAGAAACUGAAGCAAAAGCCUGAAUCAAGGGAACAGCACUAUUGGUGUGUUCUCAGGUUACAUAGUAGCUGGUGUGGACCCCUUAGAGCUCCCCAAAUCCCACUCAAUAGGCAUUGCCUACAGGUGAAUGAGUCUGGCCCGGGGGGAUGGAUUCUCCCCACCUGU